UAUGAGCGGUGCCGAAGCCGGAUUCGUUAUUGGCCUCAUUUCAGGAGUAAUCUCAAUCGUCGAAGCAACUAAAAUUGUAUACGAUGCCGCCAAAGACGCCCAAGGCCAGCCAGAGGCAUUUCGUCAGGUGGCUGCACGGCUUCCGCUAGUCCUCCGAAUUCUUUGUAGCGCUAGGGCAAGGGCGCAAACGCUCAACGAGAUGGAACAAGAAGCAUUGGAGCCCAUUCUGAAGUCAUGCAAAGCAAAGGCUGAGGAACUUCAGGAAGUGUUUCACAAGGUCGUUCGGAAGGAUGAAGAUAAGUGGUACGAUCGAUAUAAGAAAGCCGCAGUGGGUGUACUAGGGAAACGAAAUAAGGUGGAGGAUUUGAUGGGGGAUAUACUGAAGGACAUUCAUGUACUCGCAUGCGAGAAGUUGACGGGAACUGCUACCGAUGCAGAUAUGGAGGAGGUGAGCGAGGCGAUGAAGCAAAUGAAAGAUAUGCCUCCUUCCCUUUCGGAUGAGACGGGAGAUGGUGUCCAACAGAAUCAUAGUGGGAGUGGUGACAACAAUGCAGUUACUGGGCAAGGAACUAUGAAUACCCACAAGGGUACGGGGGACAUGUAUCACAACCAAAUCACUGGCGACGCACAUUUUGUCGAUGUACGCAAGCCGGUUUACAACGUAACGAAUCAUUGGAGCCAACGGGAUCACCCAAAUCUACUGGAAAUCAACUGUCUAAAGGAUCUUUAUUGUACUGAUCCUCGUCUUGACAAGGAACGGAUUGAAGCAGCGAACGGUGGCCUAUUGGAGGACUCCUAUCGCUGGAUUUUCCAAAGUGCCGAGUUUUUACAGUGGCGCGACAACCAGCAGAGCCGACUGCUGUGGAUCAAAGGAAACCCUGGAAAAGGAAAGACAAUGCUACUAUGUGGCAUCAUCAAUGAACUGACGAUGUCACCGUCAAAGACUGACCUGCUGUCGUACUUCUUCUGCCAAGGGACGGAAACAAGAAUUAAUAACGCUGUAGCCGUGCUGCGGGGUCUGCUAUACCUGCUUGUCACCCAGCAACCUUCGCUUAUUUCACAUAUCCGGAAGAAGCACGAUUACGCAGGUAAAGCGCUCUUUGAGGAUACGAAUGCAUGGUUUGCUCUGUGUAAUAUCUUCGCAGAUGUCCUACAAGAUCCGAACUUAAGCAACACGUACCUGAUUAUCGAUGCACUCGACGAAUGUACAGUAGACCUACCAAGACUGCUCGACUUCAUCGCCCAGCAUUCGUCUGCAUCGCCUCGUGUCAAAUGGGUCGUCUCAAGUCGUAAUUGGCCAUACAUUGAAGAAAUACUAGCGAAGACGGGACAGGAAGUGAGACUAAGCCUUGAGCUCAGUGCAGAGUCUGUUUCGUCUGCUGUCGACAUUUUCAUCCAACACAAAGUGCUCCAGCUAUCACAAGAAAAGAAGUAUAGCAUUAAGACAAAAGAAGCAGUGCAAGAUCAUUUGACUUCAAAUGCGGGCGGCACUUUCCUAUGGGUAGCGUUAGUGUGCCAAAGCUUGAUGAAAGUGUCAGAGCGGCAUGUCAUAAAGAGGCUGGAUACCUUUCCUCCGGGUCUUAACUCACUCUACGAGAGGAUGAUGCAGCAGAUAAGCAAUUCGGAUGAUGCAGACGUGUGCAAGGAAAUAUUAUCUGUGACCGCAACUGCAUAUCGACCAGUCACGCUCGAGGAGCUAAUUGCGCUCGCAGAACGGCUUGAGGAUGUCGCAUAUGAUUAUGAGGCCAUACAAGAAAUUAUUGGCUACUGCGGAUCGUUUCUUACGCUACGAGAGAACACUAUCUACUUUGUGCAUCAAUCCGCAAAGGACUUUUUGCUUGCAAAGGCAUCACACAAAAUUUUUCCUUCUGGAAGAGAGAAAGCUCAUUGGGUUGUGUUCUCUAGAUCGGUUCAGGUCAUGUCCGCAACAUUAUGUCGAGACAUGUAUGACUUACGGGAAUUUGGGUAUCCUACUGAACUGAUCCAACAGCCAGAACCUGACCCAUUAGCAGCUUCGCGAUACUCCUGCAUCUACUGGGUUGAUCACCUCUAUGACUCAGGUCUUAGCUCCUUUGCAACUAGCCGAGCAAGCUUGCAAGAUGGAGACGUUGUCGAUACAUUUCUGCGGACGAGGUAUCUCUACUGGCUGGAAGCUCUUAGCCUCUGUCAAAACAUGUCAAAGGGGGUAGUUUCGAUUCAUAAAUUAGCGGCUCUGAUACAGGAGACAGCAGAUGCAUCUUCCCUCAAUGGACUUGUGCAGGACGCUUGCCGGUUUAUUAUGUACCACAAAGUGGCAAUAGAGAACAGUCCACUUCAAGCAUAUGCGUCUGCACUUUUAUUCAGCCCAGAACAUAGUCUAAUAAAAGGUCUUUUCAGAAAUGAAGAGCCUAGAGGGAUCAUUAUCAGCCCGCCCCUUAGAAACAGCUGGAGUGCUUGUUUGCAAACGCUCGAGGAUCAUUGCAAUUGGGUUAACUCCGUGGUCUUUUCGCCCGACUCGCAAUGGCUGGCGUCAGCAUCUCGCGACAACACGAUUAAGAUCUGGGACCUUAGCAGCGGCGACUGCCUGCGUACGCUCGAGGGUCAUAGUGAUUGGGUCAACUCGGUGGUUUUCUUACCUAGCUCGCAGCAGCUAGCAUCAGCUUCACGCGAUAUGACGAUCUGGGAUCUCAGCAACGGCGGCUGCCUGCGUACACUCAAAGGCCAUAAAGGUGGCGUUAGAUCAGUAGCCUUCUCAUCUAGCUCGCAACGGCUAGCUUCGGGAUCGUUCGAUAACACUAUCAAGAUCUGGGACUAUAGCAGCAGCAACUACCUGCACAAACUUGAGAGUCACAGUGAUUGGGUGAACUCGGUAAUCAUCUUGCCUGACUCACACCAGCUGGUGUCAGCUUCGGCGGACAAUACAAUCAAGAUCUGGGACCCUAGCAGCGGCGACUGCCUGCUUACGCUUCAAGGACAUAGUAAUUGGGUUGUUUCACUAGCCUUCUUGCCUACAUCACGGCAAAUAAUUUCGGCGUCGCAUGAUAAGACAAUCAAGAUUUGGGAUCUUAGCAACGGCGACUGCCUGCGUACGCUUGAAGGCCAUGAAAGUGGGGUUAGGUCAGUAGUCCUUUCGCCCAACUCGCAACGGCUAGCUUCAGGAUCGUUUGACGGCACCGUCAAGAUCUGGGACCCUAGCAAUAGCACCUGCCUGCGUACUCUGAAGGGCCAUGAAGGUGAAGUUGGCUCCUUAGCUUUCACGCCUGACUCGCAAAGACUGGCGUCGGGCUCAGCCGAAGGCACGAUCAAGAUCUGGGACCUUAGCAGUGGAGACUCCCUACAGACCUACAAUGUUGGCAAAUCUGUCUACAAUAUCGCCUUUAACAUUACAGGUUCAUUUUUGCAAACUGAUAAUGGUACAAUUAUGAUUAACCCGUUGCCAGUUGCCAAAACAUCGACUGGGACGGAGCAUCGUGGUCCCGAAUAUCAGGGCAUAGCUUUGGAUCCAAGCGGAAAGUGGAUUACAUUACGUUCUAAGAAUCUGCUGUGGUUGCCCUCGGAUUAUCGCCCGUCAUGCUCAACAGUAUCGGAGAGGAUGAUUGGUUUUGGGGUUAGCUCUGGCAAGGUCUGGAUGUGCAAGAUUGAUAUUGAUAACUACUGA